AUGAACUCUCUCUCACAUUAUCUGCUAGCACCUGUUUUAGGACUUCUAUCCCUGCUGCUGCUAUAUUAUCUAUGGAGCAGAAAAACUAAGGGUAAGGGCAUAUCACCCCCUGAACCGGUAGGUUCUUGGCCUCUUAUAGGCCACCUGCAUCUCCUAGGUGGUCAAACCCCGGUGGCUCGGGUUUUAGCAGCGUUGGCCGAUAAAUAUGGUCCCGUCUUUAAAAUUCGUCUCGGGAUGCACCCUGCAAUUGUAGUGAGCAACUGGGAAUCUGUUAAAGAGUGCUUCACCACUAAUGACAAGGUUCUCAGUAAUAGGCCGAGUUCUAAUGCAGGUAAAUACCUUGGUUACAAUUAUGCUGGCUUUGGUGCUACUCAUGGCCCGUAUUGGCGUGAGGUGAGAAAGUUAGUGCAGCUACAAGUUCUAUCGAGUAGGAGACUAGAGGCAUUAAAACAUGUUCGAAAAUUGGAGAUACAGACUAGUAUCAAAGAGUUGUAUAGGGAGAUUGAUAGGGAUCAAGGACUCCUUGAUUCAAACGAAUAA